AUGCAUCAGUCGAAUCUCUGGGAGAGGACGACGGAGUAUGGGCCAGGACCUGGCCCCUAUCCCAAUGUCCUCGAGAUUCCUACUCCGCCGCUGCAGGCGGCUGGCGUGUUCAUUAUGUUUGUUCUUCCUGGCAUCGCGAUCAUCAUUUUCGCUCUGCGAGUGUAUACUCGUGUCACGAUGAGGACACUGGGCGUGGAUGAUUAUCUUUGUGGUAUGGCACUCGUAAGUUUCGGCGAUCCUUGUGUCAUCGACUCUAUUUAUGUGUAUGCAACCCUAACCAGUGUCAAGCAAGUUUUCCGGACUAACAGUGAAGGAACAGUCUUUAAGCUUAAUUACUAUGGAUGGGAAGACGAAAAGGUACCCAAAUUCGACCCGUCUGCCGGCCUAUGGUGGAACUUCUUCGAACAGCUUUGCUAUAACCCCGUACUGGCGCUCGUGAAGUGUUCCAUUCUCGUUUUCCUGCUUCGCCUGGGAGGAAUCAACGAUACUGUCUUCAAAGUCAUCUGGGCUCUCAUGAUCUUCACCAUCCUCCACGCCAUCGCCGUCUUCUUUGGUGCUCUCUUCCAAUGCGUACCGAUUGCAACGAACUGGCAUCCCGAGUUGAGGAAGGACCCAAAUACGAGGUGUAUCGACAACAGCUUCCACAUUAUACAGUCCAGCAUCACAAUUGCCACUGAUGUGGCUAUCUUGGUACUGCCUUUUUGGAUUUUCCUCGGUCUUCGAAUGGCCAGGGGUGCAAAGAUUGCCGUGCUUGGAGUGUUCCUUAUCGGUGCAUUUGUACCAAUCGUUGCCAUCAUUCGAAUUAUCAACAUCUACCGACUACUCUAUCUUGGAGAGAAAUCAAGGCACUAUAACAUCGCUUACGUCUGGACUGCCGUGGAGGUUAACCUCGCUGUCAUCUCUUGUUCUAUGCCCGCCCUUCGCCCGCUGUUCAGCCGCUGGUACCCAAAGCUCUUCGGCACAGAUUCAGGUGGAAAGUCAAACAGCACGCCCUAUGACAACUCCCUAGGACAGACGUCCAGAGUCACAGCCCAGAACAGGUCCAACGCCAGGGACAGCCACUACGCUCUUAAGGACCUACACCCCGCCUCCAGAAAACAUAACCAACAUACUGAGAUCCGCGGGAUCUCGCCUUCCGGCUCUGAGGAGGAAAUUAUGACCUACAACGGUAUCUUGCGGACUACCAACGUCGCAGUCCAGUACGAGGAUACCAAGAAGAGCGAUAACGACUCCCAUGUGUCAAGCGAUAUCGCGGGAGUUACGGCCGGUAAUGACAAGAAGCAUUCGGAAAGAGAGUUUUGA